AGAUUUUUUCGAGUGACAUUAAUAAUUUUUUUUUGAAAACAAAAUUAUCACUUUUUAGAAUGGAUGAAAAAGAAAAAAAAAGAUGAAAUUUUUAAGGGACUCACCCGAAACCUAUCACUUUCACCUUUGGGAACUUGGAAGCAAAUCAAGCAACUGCAGUAUCCCAAAUCCCAAUCAUCAAAUCGAGGGUUUCGACAUUCGAAAUUCUUUUUCCCUCUUUUUUACCUUCUAUUUUUUGUUUCCUCAAACGCUAUUGACUGGAUUCAAUUAGAUUAGAUUCAACAAUAAAUAUGAAAUGUCCGACGGAUGAAGGCCGCAGCGGCGGCGAAUUGGGCGCCAGCGGGUGUUCGACGUCGUUCGAGGCGGCGGGAGGUCGACAGAGGUUCACGGUUGAGUUGAGACCCGGGGAGACAACAAUCGUAUCGUGGAAGAAGCUUCUAAAGGAGACAACUUUCCGUCAGCCCAAAAACAAUGGGCCUGCCAGCCAUGUCCCGAGCUCAUCCGAACCUGCAGCUGAGCUCCAACCACCUCUUCCCCAGCCCCAUAAUCAGUCCUCCGAUAAUCUCUUCCCACAGAAACAACCUGAUGCAAAGGAAGCUAAGGACCCUCCCCCUGGAAACCGUUUAAAUGCUGUAAUAGAGAAGAUAGAGCGCUUAUACGUGGGCAAGCAAAGUGAUGAUGAAGAAGAUCUUGAUGAUGUUCCCGAUGAAGAUGAGUAUGACACGGAUGACUCUUUCAUAGAUGACACUGAGCUGGAUGAUUAUUUUCAGGUUGAUGACUCAGCUAUAAAACAUGAUGGGUUCUUUGUCAAUCGUGGGAAAUUAGAACGGAUUGAACCUACAGUACAACAAAAUCAACAGCCAAAUAAGCGUAGAAAGAAAGAUCAAACCAAAGGUCUGUCUUUGAGUGAUGAUGGAGUUAAUACAAACAAGCAUGCUAAAGUAGGAAAGAAGGCUAGGAAACUCUUACCAAAUGCUGCUGGAGCAUCUAAUCACUCUCAUGGUGUGGUCUUGCCAACUCUGUGUGUCGAGAAGACUAAUGUAAAAAGUCAAGAUGCAAAUCUAGAUCUGCAGAAUUCAGAAGGACACCUUUCAAGAAAAGUUGUUGACAAAUUGAAAGAAGGUUUUGAAACGUCUAACAAGAGGUUAAAUGAUAAAAUUUCAUUCCCACAUGAAAAAGCUUCGGGAAAAUAUGCCAUUAUUUCCAACGGGUUAGAUCAGUCUCUCUACAGGGGAGAAAAAAGUGGAAUUGAUGAAAGGCUAACCAUGAUAAGUGUUCCUGAUGGGAAGAAGUCUACACAAAGUGCGAAAAAGGAUGGUGGAUCUAAUGUGAGAUCAAAGAUUUCAGCGCUUGAGAAGGCCAUUAGAGACUUGGAGAAGAUUGUCACAGAGUUAAGGCCACCUAUGGUUGAAGUUCAAGAUGGUGAUAAUGCGUCUCAAUCUAUCAAAAGGAGACUACCGUUAGAAAUAAAGCAAAAACUGGCAAAAGUCGCUAGAUAUGCGCAGGCAAGCCAUGGAAAAGUAUCUAAAGAGUUAUUAAAUCGUCUAAUGAGCAUUGUUGGCCACUUGAUACAGCUCCGGACAUUAAAGAGAAAUUUGAAGAUAAUGAUUCUUACGGGUUUAUCUGCAAAGCAGGAGAAAGAUAACCAGGUGCUACAAAUUAAAAAGGAAGUUGCAGAGAUGGUAAAGAUUCGAAUCCCGCUUAUGAAAUCGAAGGCAAUUGAACAACAAGCUGGAACUUCUGAUGAUUUUCAAGCAAUUGCACCUGAAGAAAAAGAAGCUUUUAAACGAAAAUAUUGCAUGGAUAAUGUGCUAGAAGACAAAAUAUGUGAUCUGUAUGAUCUCUAUGUCGAGGGACUGGAAGAAGAUGCUGGCCCGCAGGUCAGGAAGCUUUAUGCAGAGCUUGCUGCAUAUUGGCCGAAUGGAUUCAUGGACAACCAUGGGAUCAAACGAGCUAUUUGCAGAGCAAAAGACAGGAAGAAGUCAUUACACAACCGACAUAAGAUUCAAGAAAAAGUAAGAAAGAACAAGAUGUCGGGUCAAAAGGAAGAAGAUGCUUUGAGAGUUGACACUACUACUGCUGCUGUUGCUGCUGCUACUACAACUACUACAAUGCUUUUUGGUCAACCAGUGCAGAAUCAAGAGAAGUCAGCAGUUGAUGCAAAAGAUCACAGUUUGACUGCAACAAAUAAGCCAACCGUGCCGAGUGUUGCAUCAGUAACUUCUGCCAUACAGGCGAUGCCUAUUUCCUCUCAGGGUGGCAUUGUUUUGGGUCGACCAAUACCCGAUAAAGCAAAAGGAACUAGUGAUAGGCAUAUUGCACCUGAUGGGUUGAAAAAAAAGAAAAUGAAGAGGAAAAUGGAAUCAGAGUUGAUAGUUGAUCGCCCAGAGAACCGAUAUCAGGAGCCGAAAGUCAUUCCUCCCCCUCCAAAACCAAUUCCAAAACCCAUUCCCAAACCCAUGAUCGAGUUAAAUGGCCCCCCAAGCUUUGAAGAAGAAGCAUGAAUAUAUUUUAGCAAGAUUCAAUCUCAAAAUAUCUUUGCUUAAGCUUCUCUUCCAUUUGGCCAGCUAUCACCUGUAAGUUUUUUUUUACUGUACUAGUUUUUUCGGCACAUUGCAUUUCAAUCUUUCUUGAAAGUGAUGGGGUAAAAUGGUUUGAGCCAUGUUUAGAAUUCAAAACACAUGCCAUAUUACAGUGAUUGGUUUUUGAGUUUCUUCCUUGUAAACUGUUGCUUUCUGAUAUAGACUAGGCAUAUAUAUACUCUCUUCUGUAACAUAUACGGAGUAUAUAUAUUUACACACCAUUUGAUCCAUGGUAUCAUUUUC